GAAUAAUUUCAAGGACUAAGCCACGAAACCAAAGUGUGCGGGUUGUUCUAAUGUUAACGCUGUUCCCAUAAUGAAGAUUGGUAGUCUUCCGUAGUUAUUUGAUCCUACUUUUAAUAAGAAAAAUAAAACGCUAGUUGAAAUUACCUAUAUUUGAUGUUAUGUUCUAAUGGUGGAUAAUUGUGCACAGACACCCAUUGGAAUAUUUUUAUGACAUCAUAAGCAAUAGAAAUGCAUUCAUCCCCAGGUCGUGGAGUUCCUCACAACAAAUCAAUGGUCGGAUCUCAACAUUCGGUGGAUUCUUAUGGAAAUAAAAAAGCAUCGUCUACACAUUCUAACAAUAAUUAUAAAAGCUCAUUUGAACGAUCCAAUCAUUCAACAGGAAAUCAAUCUGUACCACCAUCCUAUUCAGACAUGAAUUCUAUGCCUAAUCAACAACAACAACAACCAUCAUCGCAAUAUCGUUAUUCUGAUUCAUAUAAUAAUAACAAUGGUAAUAGUAAUAAUAAUAAUAAUUUACAUCGUCAAACUAAUUCCAAUCCUAAUUCAUCAAAUGCCAAUUACUCAGAUUACUCAGUGAAUUCUUCAGGUUAUACAAAUUCUGAAUACAAUGUGAAUAGUUCAGAGUUGUACACGCCGACUAGCCAACUCCAACAACAACACCAACAACAGUCCUGUCUACACCGGUUCUCCUGUGGCCUAUCUCAAUGUCCCCAGUGCUAUCCAUAUCAUCAGUUAAUUGCUCAAUCUUGUUAUAAUCUGCCAAACAGUGGUGUUGUUAGCGCUGCUGCUGGUGGUGCUGCAGCCUUACAACCACCUUUAGUAUUAUCACCAACUAUGCUGAAUAAUUAUUCAACGCCAACUGCCGCUGCUGCGGCGGCUGCAAUGUGUUGUCCAUCGACAGCUACUCAAAUCCCCUAUUAUUUUUGGUAUAAUAAUGAUUAUGCUGACUAUCAUCAAAAACAGUACUAUCCAAGCCAAUUAGGUCUAUCCAAGUUGAAUAUAGAUCCUGCAUGUCUGAAUCAAUGUAUGGUGAUCCCAUCAGAAUCAUCAGACCUGAUGCAGGCAGGGACGAAUCCAGUGCGUCAAAAUGAAGCAGGUUAUUGUGUGGAUCCCAGCGUUCUAGCUUCAGUGUCGUUAGCUGACAAUGUCAAUGCACUAGUUCAUCCGUCUAAUCUAAUAAUGCCAAUAGCACGAUCUGUUGCUGUCAGUAGUACAGGGAACAACAACAAUACUACUCCCUCUAAGUCUACUGAUUCCUCAGUAGGUAAUCAUCAAACUGAAUAUUCCAGUGCCUCCACAGUAUCGUCGUCAUCUCAAUUAUCGUCAUCGUCAUCAACAACAUCGUAUACCAACUGCAAUACUAAUGCAUCCAUCUGUCCACUAAAUGGAUAUACCCCAGUGCCAAUAGAUAGUGUAUACGAUCCAAACAGUACUGCUGCUGCCGCCUGGUAUCCUGGCUAUUGGAAUUCACCUAAUCUUUGGAUGUCGUCUACAACACUGCCAGCUGGUUAUCUGCCACAAGCGGCCGCGGCAGCAGUAUCAUAUACUCGACCAACUUUACCGAUGCCUUCAUUUUCACCGAAUUCACAGGCAGCAGCAUUCACUACUCCAGAGGAUCAACAUUAUACACUAAUGCAUCAACCAUAUGUGAAUCCACUGCCUAGUGAUUUCACUACUCCUAUCAAUCAUCAAAUUACAACAGAUCUACUAGCAAAUUAUAAUUUAAGUCAACAGCUACAAUCACAACAGAUGGCGGCAGCGAUGACGAUGAUGAUGUCAAAUUGUGCCUCACCAUUAUCAUCAACAUCAUCAGUAUCAGCGGCGGCGGCGGCUGUUGUCCCAGUGGCGACAGGGACGUCCACCACCACCAACAACACCACUAGCACCACCUCAACAACAACACCACCAACAGUCACUUGUUGUGUCUCAUCAACUAUUACAAAUAAGAAUUCAUCAUUCCCGUUGUAUUAUGCUAAUAUGAAAUCAAAUGACGCAUUGACUGUGCUACAAAAUGCUCAAUAUUGUGCUUAUCCACCUGUGUAUUACACUCCUAAUGCGGCGACUGCAAUGAAUGUGUUGACCAGUGCUAAUACAAAUAUUUCACAAACACCAGGUAUUCAGCAUAGUAACAAUAGUGGCGGUAGCAAUAACAAUACUAAUAAUAUUGUCAAUACCACAGUUAAUAAUAGUAAUACUAAUAAUCAUAUGCGUCUAUUGUUAACUCUGCUAGCAGCUAAUUCACAAGCCAAUAAUGCAUCAUCUAUUGCUACUCCAAAUAUUGUGCACACACCAUAUCGAUAUAGUCCUGAUAAUCGUAAUAGCUUGCUGUAUAAUCGUCAAAAGAUUUCAGUGAAUAGUAGUCAUUCAUCUUCGGGGACAAGUUUAAAUCGAUCAGUUGGAAAAAUAUUAUUCCCUGAAAGUGAAUUGGCACGUUUAAAUUUGAAUGUUAAUCCUACGCAUUUUGAUACAUCACUGGUGCAUAGAGCACGCUACUUCAUUAUUAAAUCAGAUUAUCCUUAUAAUGUCCAACAAUCAAUGAAAUAUGGUGUAUGGUGUUCAACACGUACUGGUAAUCAGUGUUUAGAUGAAGCCUUUCGAUCUGUACGUGGUACUUCCAUUGCUACUACUUCCACGACUACUACUACGAAUACUAAUACUACGACUACGACCAGCGCUGCAACUUCAACAGUACUCACGUCUACAACUAAUGGUAACAGUAUAGAAAGUAAUACCAGUGAUGCCAGUGGAGGCACCAGCAGUGGGAUUAAUAAAGGUGAUGAUAAUGAUGAUGAUGAAUCGAUUUUGAGGGGAUCUGAAACCGAAAAAGCCACCACUAUUAAUACUACUAAUAUUGGUAAUACAAAUAAUACUGGUAAUAAGUCAGAUCCGACGAAUGACCAGUCCACAGAGGAUGAUUCAUCUGUUGUUUCUGGAGCUGUUGCCGCUGUCACCAGUGCUCCUUCAAGUCCUACUCCUACUGCUACGACUACAACUACCAGUACAAGUAACAAAGGGAAAUCGGAUACAUCGAAAACAAAAGGCAAUACCGCUGAAUCUAAUAAAUCCCUGACGACAACAACAACAAAUGACCAAGCCGCGUCAAAGUCUAAAAAGUCCUCGUCAAUAGCAUCCAACUGUAAGAACAAUAUUAACAACAACACCACGACACAACAACACAAUGCAUCUACACCUGGACAUAUUAUUCUCUUCUUUUCAGUUCGUGAAUCUGGUUAUCUCAGUGGUGUCGCGGAAAUGGUUAGUCCAGUCAAUCCACAGAAACGUUCUACAAUCUGGCAAGAUUUACGAUUUAGAGGAGAAUUUGCUGUACGAUGGUUGUACAUAAAAAACAUUCCAAAUCAUGUUAUUAAACAUAUCUUAAUUGAAUGUUAUGAUAAUCGUCCAGUCACAGUAUUACGUGAUACAAGUGAAAUUUUACCAGCAUCAAAAGGUGAAGAAUUAUUACGUAUUGUACAUGAAUAUGGUUUACCGGCGACGCUGUCAACAACGUCAACAACAAUGACGACGACAGUGCUACCAUCACAGCCAACAUCAUUAACAUCCUUAUCAUACUCAGCGAGUGGAAAAUCCAACCAUCACUAUCACCACCAUCACCAGCACCACAUCACCACCACCACCAACAACAACAGCAAUAAGAACAACAGUAACGCCACUGUUAAUAUAUCUGUGAAAACACAAUCUUCAAAUGAUACGACGAAUCAUAACAGCAGUGGAAUUACUUCGGAUAACAGUGCCAAUAAUACUAAUAACGGUGAUAGCAAUAAUAAUAAUAAUACUGUAAUCACGACGUUAUCUACAACGCCUAACAGUACUGCCUCUUCUACGAGUAGUACCACUUUAUCACCAGGUUCUACUGCCACGACAACUAUCACUCACACAACACCAACAACAAAUACUACUACUACUACUAAUAAUAAUAAUAGUAGUAGUAGUAGUAGUAGUAGUAGUACGGAUAGUGUUAGUAGUAAUAGCGGUAUUAGCAAUUCACAAGCAACUACUAGUAAUGGUGUAGAGAACAGUACGAAAUCACCUGACGAUGGUAAUAUCAGUCCUUCCACUCCAACAGUUGUAACAAUUCUAUCAAGUUGAUUAAUAUUAUUAUUAUUCCUGUGGAAUUCCAGUGACCAGUGUACACAUACAUACAAAAAUAGAGCCAAAGUUACUACCACUACUACACACACACACACAUAGACAGACAUUUACCUGUUUUGCUACUUCGACUAACUUAAAUAUUAGUAUUCGUCGUCAGGUGUCGAAUAUCCUAUUUUUUACUUCUAAAAAAAAAUCCGUCCCUACCUCCCAAUGCCUAUCAUCAAAAGAAGAGAGGAAAAAACACCAAGAAUCCAACAUGUGUCUUACUACUUACUUACUUCAUAAAUUACUGUAAGAAAAACCCUCGUCAGACGAAAACGAAACAAUAAAACUUGGGAAUCAUAUUAUAUACCUUUAUAAUAUUAUAGACAUAUGGAGUGCCUCGUGCAUCACCAUACGCCGUCAGAAGCAUUCUUCACUUGAGAGUAUGUACAUGUCUACGUGUGUGCCUUCACUUUGUACCUGUCGUCCCUCCCUUUGUCUCUGUCUCUCUCUCACUAUCUACGUAACAGUACUAACUGUAGCUAAUAUAAAUAUAUAAAGAAAACCCUAAAGAAUUAUUUGUUUCACAUUUCAAUCACAUCAACAAUCACUUCUUUUUCUCUGUCUAACAUGGAGUAGUGUGAUGUGGUGUGGUGUAGUCCUCUGUAGUGUGGAUAUGAUGCUCCAUCUUUGGUCUUUUGUAUCUUUCUUUCUUUUCUGCUUAUUUCUUUUUCCUCUAGCUCUCUCUCUCUUUUUGUUUUGUAGUUUGGCUGAAGUGAAUCAUCAAGCCGCAGCCCCCCCCGCAUCCCUCCCUCAAAAGAAAAGAAACACUUCGAAAAUGUUUCAUGAUUUUGUUUUCAUUAUUAUUCUGAUUCUUCUUCUUCUUGUCGAUACUGUAUGUGCCGGUCUGCGUAUUUCCGUGCGUGCGUGUGUAAUCCUCUUUAUCCGUAGUUACCUAAACUGCCCUAUUACAUCACCGUCGUUGUACUACCAUCAUCAGUAUGCUCCUGUUUAUCAAAUUCCUAUGCAUUACACCCAAGGAAUAUGCAAAAGAAGUGGGAAUAAUAACAAUAAUAGUUACACGCCUGUUUGGUAUUUACUAUAGGAAAUAUUUUCCCAGUUGUGAAGAAGUCACAGGGGAAGGGAUGGCGGUCGGUCGGUCGGUUGAGUGGGUAUUCUGGUAGAAGACACUGGUGGUGAUGUAACACACACUCUGAUACACAUUCCUUUUCUUCUUCAUCUUUGUCAUCAUCACUGUUUUGUUUUCCAUUUUGUUUCUUUUAUGUUUGUUUUUCGGUGAUUUUUGUUCAGGUUUUGAUCUUUAAAUUGUUUUCAUUUUGCUUACAAUGUUGAUGCUGUGAACACUAAUCAUUUCAUUCAUUCAUUCAUCACCUUACCGACACGCAUAUACCCACACACACACACACACACACAUACCUACAAACAUACAGACGUGUUCAAAGGUUUAGUUUCACUGAGAUACUGAUCCAUGUGAUUUUUCUGCAUCUUUCAUUCUUCUUCAUUUUUGUUUUGCCUUUUGUAGAUUUUUUCUUUGAGUUGACGAGUGUAAUUGUCUCUCUCCCUCCUUUUUUAGGCACACACGCACACAUAGACAAACAGACAAACACACCUACGCAACUGUGUAUCUAUGCCAUGAAUAGGUUGGUGGGGGUGGGAUGGGGUGAAUCCAUUAAACAAAAUAAGUCUUAUCAUUGUGUUAUUCUCGGUGCCGAUCUUCUUUUCCCCUCCUCUCUGUAUGACACGUACAUCGGUUUUUCUCUUCCGAUUCUCUGAUUAUGACAAAAAGCAGUGCUCAAAAUCUACUCAAUCGAUUACAUGAUACUACAGUCGAUUAAGAAAAUUGCCUAUUUUCUUUUAGGUGUUCAUCGACGCGUUGGAAAUUCUUUAGUCAGUCAGUCAGUUAAUCAGUGUCUCUUUGUGUCUGUGUGUGUGUUUGCGCCGGCGCACAAGUGCGUUGGAACUGUUCCAUUCUUCUUCAGUCGAUGAAUUGUGUAGAAGCACCCAUCCCACCUCAUCUCACUCUACCCUCACAAAAAAAUAGUGUACUAGACAGAAUUAUAUAUUGAAUAUUAUUUUGUAGUAUUAGUGACAAGUAACAGUACUCAUUCAUAGUUACCACCAGAGUGUUAAUACGCUUAGUUGUAUUAACAAUAUUAUUCUAUUGAUUUGUUGAAUUAUUAUUAUUUUGUGCGUCUUUCAUUCAUCAUAAUACACACAGAGAAAAAAUGUAUUACACUAUAAACAAAAUAAUGAAUUAAAGUGGCGAUGAUGACGUAAUCAGCAUGAUCAUACUCCAUACCCCCUAUGUCUUCUGAUAUGUUGUGUUGUAUGGUUGUGUACUAAUUUUUAUUAUUCUUAUUCUUAUUGUUACUCAUUAUCGAUUACAAAUUGUUUUGAUGAUUACUUUUUGAGUAAGAAUUCUGUUUCGUCUUCAUUGACACACACGCACCCACAUACGCGUACACACACACACACACACACAGCAGAAUUCUUUCAGUGACAAGUGUUCAUCAGUGCCUUAAGUUUUAUUUUUCUGUAUUCUUCCUCCUCGUACACAAAUCAUCAUCAUUACUCUACUACUGUGUGCCUUUUCUCUGUGUGUGUGUGUGUGUGUAUGUUUGUGUAAAUUUUGUGAUCGGUUUUGGAUCUGUCUGUUUUGCUUUCUUUUUUUAAUUAUUAUUAUUAUUUACGUACCGAAACCCAACACACCUCUUCUCGAUCAGUGUUCAACUUCCAUCUUCUUCAGUGUCGUGGAAGUAGCUUCAUGUGUACAUCAGGUGAUUUGAUUUGAUUUUUGUUUCUCCCUCUCCUUCUGGCUUGGAGGAUCUUGUCUUCUGUUUUUGUUGUUUGUUGUUGCCGUUGCAUUCCAUCCUGCCGUCGUCCUCUUCAAUUCUUCCAUCUAUUGCAGUCUAUCUGAUUUCCUCUUUUUCUCCAUAUCCUGCAUGCUUGUGUGUGUCGUGUAUUUUUUAUUGUGUGAUUUUAUUAAAUAUAAGACAUAAGCGGAGGGAGGCGCGAGGGUUACUGUGUCCACCUUUUUUUUGUCACUUUUUAUACGUUUUUCUGAUCAGUAUUCAGUUGUGAUCAUUGAUCGGAGAUGAAAUCUUGUAGUAGUAGUAGUGGUAGUCACCAGGUUUAUGCCGGUGUCACGAGUUUCUCCCUCUUCUUCUUUUUUGCUGUUGUUGUUGUUUUCCAAAGAGGCCAUCUCGACUCAAAUAUCUUAAAGUGCGUGUGUGCGUGUAUUCAUAUCGUACGUAUCAUCUCUGGCUAUGUAUCUCUUCCCUUCAAUAUUCAUAUGCAGGUGUGUGUGUGUGUGUGGUGCUCAAGAUGUCCAUGAAUUAUCUCACUUGAUUAAAAUAAUAAUCAUAAUGAUGAAAGCAAGUGAAAAGUAAAUUAAUUGGUUCAGAAUUUUUCGUUUUUUUUUGUGUUUUCUUGCCCUCUCCCCCUCACCUCAUUUUGUGUACUUAGUCAGGCUGAGUAUUCAACCGACUGGUGUGUUUUCUUUGCCCGUCUCUUUCUCUAUCUCUUAAAACUCUACGCCUUCACUUUUCUUUCUUCUCUAUUCAUCGUUAUCAUCAUCAUGUGUGUGUAUAUGGUACUUUUUGUACCUACUGUACUGUACUUGGUUAGUGCGUAUUGUUCUUACCUAUUAUGACUGUCUUUUUCAUACUAAUUUCAUCGUCUAAAUUGUAUUUUUUCUUUUUUUCUGGUUACAAUGAUAACCUGUACCAUUAAUACUGCUAAAACUGUUUAUCUUCUCUCCCGGGGUGUUUUUUUUGUAACGAUUUCUCUCUAUUGACGACGAGUCUUUAUAGUAGUAUCUGUGUGUAUGUAUGUUCUAACAUACGUGCGUGCGUGCAUGCGUACGUACGUACGUAUAUAUGUGUGUCUUCUCUUUUUUGACUUCAUCCACGAAUUUUGUCACUUUUUCUACGAUUGAUAUUUGAAGAAAAAGAGUUUUACGGAUUUCGUUGUUGUUGUCGCUGUUUGUCUUUUGCUUUAUGUCACAAGUUGAUGGGUUGACAAGCUUGGCCCUAUUGUCUGAAAGUCUCAUGUGCGGAAAUAGUAAUAUGUGGGCAUCGUCGGACUUUCAAAUGCGUCGGUGGCGCACUGCGGUAGAAUUCUCACCAGCCA